AAACAAACGAUAAAACACGCAAAUAUGUGCAUGUUUUGCGCGCUGAUAUAUGAUUAUUCAAAUGUUGAAUAACGAUCGGGAAACUAAAGGUCUUGUCAUAUUUGAGCAAACAGUGUUGGGUAAAUUACCUGUGUGUUAUUAUUCUUUAGCUGUUCCGUACAGACCAGAGGCAUUUUGUGGAGAGCAUUUGUGCUCUCAAAAGCGGUGGACAACAUACAACUUUCGUGCAGCAGCAUAAUUAUGUCUACAACGGAUAUGAUCUAAGAAAAGAAGUCAGUGAUCCAUAUGACAACAAAAGAGAAUUCAUGUAAUUAGACUUCUGCAUAGUCUAUCUGUUCUUAUGGGACUAAUGAUACCGCUAAAUGACUUCAUGACCCCGGUGGGAUUCCAUACAUCACUUCAGCACGCACAGCAAUAUUUGUUCACCACGUGCAAGGUGGAACGUCGACAUGGCGAGAAGACUCUAGCGUCGGAUGGCUAUGGCCUAUAUGAAUAUUCGAAAGACGUGUGUCUAGGAAAGCGGCUCUCUUUCGUUAUAGAUGGCGUCUAUUCCUACUCUCUCUGAGAUAAGCUAUGAUUCGGAUUUAUUCGAUGAAGACCGAUUUUCAACUCCAUAUAGAAUCUCGCGGGGCAGCACCGACAAGUCGCGUUGUUAUGGAACCAUUUCUAGAGAAUAUGGAACUUUUGACUACGACAAAGUACAUUGUCACAACACAACAUACUGUGACAAUCUCAGAAGCCAUUACAUCGAACAAUCAAUAUUAAACAAGGGGGGUCAUAUCAGAAGUCCUACACUACCCUCAAGGACUUCGACAACAUUCGCCUGGUGUGAUCCCAUUGUAGAGGAAGAUGUUCUAGCUACCAGUCAGGAUGACCCCACUGCAUUUGUCCGAGACCAUCUCACACUCCCUGCCCAUCUCAAGUUUCCAUCCCCAGGUGGGGAUGAGGGAGGGCAGGAACAAACUCGUGCGGGAAGGAGUGGGAAAAUUGUGUGGGUAGAUGCCCUCAACACCUGGGUCCCAUACAGAAAGCCAGUUCAGGAUAAGGCGUACCUCAGCUUUGUCAACACUCCGCCCGUCAUUGAGAAGUGCUUCACAACAGUGUGCAGACAGCAUGGGGCGGGAGAGAGUAGAUGGCUGCCACGCCCCUGUGAUCGGUUUCAGUCCCACAUGCAGUACUUUCAAGACUCAGCGCGCCAGGUUGGACAGGCCAAUCUCAGACGAGCAGUGGCAUUACAGAAGAGAAACCCCUCCAAGAAAAGCCCGGAUGGUAGCUCCUGGAAACAGAACCGAAAAGCUUACUCUACACCGUUAUCUAAUGCUGAGAGUAGACGCAAUCAUCUGGCCAACUUGCAGCCUCCUCGAGCCCCCUCCGCUGGCCCAUCUUUUCCACAGCCCACACCUUUGGAAAAUGUGGGUCCAGCCUGGAGAUCCGUGGACACCCAAGAGGGGAAUAAAGUGGAAACUGAGGCAGAGAGGCUGGAGCUGCAGGUACCUCUCAUUCCAUCACCGGACACAGGAGACACCGGUCAGUCUGUGGACAUAAAGGCAUGGGAGAUAAAGGACAGUGAUGAGGAGAGAAGUGAAGAGAUGGUCAAUAGGGUUGCUGACCAAACAACCCCAGACAAACCUGACACAAGCCAGAUGGGCCGUACUGCUGAUGUGGUCAGCAAGCGACAGGUACAACAACAGCCACCACCUCCUCCUCCUCCACGCCAGCCACCAAGCAAAAGCCAGACAUCAACACAUUCAAGGAAGUCAUCUCCAAGAAAGCCUGCCACAUCGAAACCAAGCAGGUCUCCUCCAAAACCAAACACUGCUAAAGUGAACAAGUCUCCUCAACAACGACAGAAACCAGCCAGACCUACAGCCAAACAGAAGAAAGCACCCAGGGAGGUCCCUGUGCAGGAGGAGAAGCCAUCGCCUUCUCACAAGACCAACCAGCGGAGAGUUUCUAGUGAUGACAAACCGCAGCCUCUGCCAAUAUCCCUCCCUGUGGUGACAGCACAGCCCGCUGCCCCUGCUCCCCCCUUAUCCCCGUCAGUCGACUCCGAUAGAGGCAGCUCAGAACAGUCGGAUCAGGGGCGGUCUCCAAUUAAGAAGCGUGAACGUGUGGUAAGCCGGCGUCCAUGUAAGACUGAGGAAGCUGUCAGUGAGCUUGCGCCAGCAGUGGUGCAAGUAAAGAAAUCGGCAGACUGGAUCUAUGAAGAGAAAGUGGCUGAGAUACCCAGCAAGGAAGAAGAGAGUGUCCAGGUGAAGCUAGAGGAGAUCGUGCUGCCUCCAGUCGUCCCCUAUCUUCCAUCAACUCUAAGUCAGACCACCAUUGGCCGAGUCCAGCACAAACUGCAGGCAUUCAGACAACCCAUUGAAAACAAGAAGAGGUGGGGACCUAAGAAACGUGAUACAUCGUAUAAAGAUGAGCUUCUUAAACAGGAACUGGCAGAAGCAAGGCGGAAACGGCAGGCAGAAAUGUUAGAACGAAAGAGGAAGAAAAACUUUGGACAGAAGAUGGAAGAAGAGGGUAUAACUGGGAUACCUAACUUUGAAGACUAUGGGUUUCUAGCCAAGUACUGCAUUUUGAGUCGUGCCAACCUGGAGAUGUACAGGCAUGCAUUUCAGGCAGUUGAUGAUGAGCAGCGUGGCUGGUUGACUGGGACUGAAGCCAUGAUUGCACUGAGAGGCACCAACAACAGGCUGACGGAGACAGAAGAGGAAUAUUUGUACAGGAUCCUCGAGUUGACUGGUUACAGCAUCACCAAUGGAGCCGACUUCAAACUGUUCUCUCUGUUAGCAGCACUGUCCCAGCGUAUAGCUUCCCUGGAUAACUGGAUGAAGAACCUUAUUGGUGCGGUUGACUUCAAGAUGCUGGAGAUGAAGAUGUUCAAGUGCAAGACACUUUGGGAAUGCAAUGUGGAUCGAGAUACCAACAAGAUCUCGCUGGACCAGUUGAUGAUUGAACUUCGAGCCGGUGGGGUGAGCUAUGAACAUGAAUGUGAGGUCAGGGAAAAGCUUGGUCACCUGGUGGCCCUUGACCUUCUGGACUUCCUGACAUAUGUACCACUGUUUAUCAUGAUACAUGAGUCUGUGGUCCACAAUCCACUUGAUGACACUCGGGAGAAGUGAAACCUACUACACUGGAUGCUACUUACAAGGAUGUGCUUAAGCAUGGACCCCUGCUUAAAGAUUGUGCUCUGGCUUGUCCCCCACAUACAAGGAUGUGCUGUAUGCUGUAUCUGACGUACAAGGAUGUGCUUGGAGCUGUAUACUGUAUCUGACGUACAAAGACGUGCUUGAGCUGUAUACUGUAUCCGACAUACAAGGAUGUGCUUGAGCUGUAUAUUGUAUCCGAUGUACAAAGACGUGCUUGAGCUGUAUGCUGUAUCCGACAUACAAGGAUGUGCUUGAGCUGUAUACUGUAUCCGAUGUACAUAGACGUGCUUGAGCUGUAUGCUGUAUCCAACAUACAAGGAUGUGCUUGAGCUGUAUACUGUAUUUGAUGUACAAAGACGUGCUUGAGCUGUAUCUGACGUACAAAGACGUGCUUGAGAUGUAUGCUGUAUCCGACGUACAAAGACGUGCUUAAGCUGUAUACUGUAUCCAAUGUACAAGGAUGUGCUUGAGCUGUAUACUGUAUCAACGUGCAAGGACAUGCGUUAACCGUUCUCUAGAAACAGUUGUGCUACAGCGGAACCGGUCAACAGAUUGGUCACAGAGCAUGAUACCAUGAUGCAAUAUUCACAAGUGCAGUUGACUUGAAAGUUCUUAAAGGCCAUUUGACCAAAUAUCUGUACAUGUAUAUUAAGUGAUUGGGUGAGUUGAGUUUAACAGCAAUAUAAACAAAAUCAUAGGUUUCUCAAAAGUCUAAGGUAUGCAUGGAGAAUUGCAUCACCUUUGACAACUGGGCCAAUGUUUAUGUAUUUGCAAAAUAUAGAUAAACAAUGCUGAUACAAAGGAACUUAUUCUGAAAAGGUCAUUUAUAAGAACCUUGUAUAUUCAUUUACAUUUAAUACUAUGAUAAUUAAAUAUCCCCCGCAACAUGUUUUGCAUGGGGUAUUGAAACAGACACCUUCAGUCCAUGUGUGUCGUUCCCUGAGCAGAUCUUGAAAACCAUACAAUAUUUCUUCACCAAACUUGGCACAUAGAUAGGUCUAGUGGUAAACUGGUGCCUUUUGAUGGUUUGGCACUUUUGAAAAAUAUUUUUUUGAGUUUCCAUGGCAACAAGAUAUACAUAUUCACAAUAUGUAUUUUACCAUUCCUGGGGAUUUUGAUGACUUUGUCAUCUUGUUUAUAUUAAAAUGUGAAGUGCCAUGGGCAACAAAUGUGAGUGACAAUCCACACCACACUUGCUAGAGAAUGGGAGAAGCAUCACUGGGCCACAAUAUGAACAGCUUUUGAUGCACAGUUUCUAUUUACAAGAUAUAGAAAGGAAUUUGAUGGCUUAACUGGUAUGUUAGUCUCCCAUGUCCGAAGAAGAUUAAGUAAUAGUAGGGAAUGCCUGAUCCUUGUUUUGAAUAUUUAUCACAUAUUAUAUGGCAGUGACCUAAAUGCUCACAGAAACAAAUUAUUAAUGAGAAUGAUUCAAGAAUGGAAGUCUUGAUUGAUAAGACCACCAUUCAUGAGUUUGGACCUUUCAAUAAAAUGAUAUUUAUUGCAACUUCCUGUGCAAUUAUGUAUGUUAACAUAUGAACAUAGCAGCUGUGUGCAGUACUGCAUGUGUAUAUCCUUGAACAUGUUAUGUGCAACUGCCAAAGUGGAUCUGCAUAUCAGCCAUAUGUCCCCUGUCAUAUGAUGCAUACUUUGUGACCAUGUAUAUAUGUGUAUUAUACCCAAUGUAUGUAUAAUAUAUCCAAUCUUCUAUCAAUAAUAACAUAUAAACUUUGUGUAAAAUAGCUCAUUAAAUCCAGUUUUUCAGGAUCUGUAUCUUGAAGCUUGUGUUUGUUGUUGAAAUCUGAAUUUUAAUUGGUCAAGACAGGCUUAAGUUGGAUUUCUUUGAUUGAAAUGUGCUCAUUAACCUUCUCAUUGAUUAAAGACCUUUGUGUGAGUGAAGGGUGUAACACUGCCUUGAACAGUAUUUAAGUCAUACAAUGGCAGCCAAGCUUAAAAUAAAAUCAUUAUUCAGUGAGAAGUUCUAAAUGACAUCUUUGCUGUGGUACACGCACAGAAACUUUCAUCUGUGGUUUCUAAGAUAUCCAAAAUGCAGUAUUACUAGAUUUGUGAGUGAAUGAAUAAGUUUAGUUUAACUCAACUUAAAAAAUAUUUCCAGAAGUUUGGUAUUGAUGCCAGCACAAUGUGUUGCAGAAAAUGGGUUCAUAUUU